UGGUGGUCUGCUCCCAGCACAUCAUUCUCUGUCAGGAGAAGAGACUCCAGUGCCUGUCUUUUGCCGGUGUCAAGGAAAAAGAAUGGGUGAUGGAAUCUAUGAUUCGUUACAUCAAAGUGAUCGGUGGUCCGCCAGGCAAGGAGGGUCUGCUGGUGGGCUUAAAGAACGGAGCUAUCCUGAAGAUAUUUGUCGACAAUCCUUUCCCAAUAACGCUGCUGAAGCUGUCAACAUCAGUGCGCUGCCUCGAUAUGAGCGCGUCCCGCAAUAAACUGGCUGUGGUGGAUGAACAUAACACUCUCUUCGUCUAUGACAACAACAGCAAAGAUUUGCUUUUUCAGGAGCCUAACGCUAACAGCGUAGCCUGGAACACCCAGUGUGAGGACAUGCUGUGUUUCUCUGGGAACGGCUACCUUAACAUCAAGGCCAGCAACUUUCCAGUGCACCAGCAGAAAAUGCAGGGCUUUAUAGUGGGCUACAACGGCUCGAAAAUAUUCUGCCUCCACGUCUAUUCCAUGUCUGCUGUCGAGGUGCCUCAGUCAGCACCCAUGUACCAAUACCUGGAGCAGAAGAUGUUUAAGGAAGCUUAUCAGAUCGCCUGUCUGGGUGUGACAGACAGCGAUUGGAGGGAUUUGGCCACAGAAGCUCUCGAGGGACUUGACUUUGAAACAGCCAAGAAGGCCUUCAUUAGAAUCCGAGAUUUGCGCUACUUGGAACUGAUCAGCAGCAUUGAGGAGAGGAAGAAGCGGGGCGAGAACGACAACGAGAUGUUCCUGGCAGACGUCUAUGCCUUCCAGGGGAAAUUCCGCGAGGCUGCAAAGCUCUACAAACGCAGCGGCCACGAACCAGCCAUGAAGAAAGCUGUGAACAUGUACGCCGACCUGUGCAUGUUCGAGCACGCCCAGGAGUGUGCGGGUGUUACAGACCCAAAGGUCUCCCUCAAGCUAAUAACAAAGCAGGCAGAUUGGGCUAAAAGCAGCGAGGAGCCCCGGACAGCAGCUGAGAUGUAUCUGUCAGCAGGAGAACACAUGAAAGCUAUAGAUAUUAUCGGAGAACACGGCUGGGCUGACAUGCUAAUUGGCGUUGCACGUAAGCUGGACAAGGCUGAGCGUGAACUACUGGCAAAGUGUGCGGUGUACUUCAAGAAGCUGGGACACCAUGGCUAUGCCUCAGAGACUUAUUCCAAGAUGGGAGACUUAAAGGCUUUUUUGCAACUACACGUGGAGACGAGUCACUGGGAAGAGGCCAUCUCCCUGGUGAAGGAGCACCCACAGUUCAAUUAUGACGUCUAUUUCCCUCUCGCCCUUUGGUUUGCAGAAAACAGUCACUUUGAUGAGGCGCAAGAAGCAUUUAACAAGGCUGGGCUUCAUAACGAAGCUGUAAAAGUCCUCAAGCAGCUUACCCACAAUGCAAUGGUGGAGAACAGGUUCAACGAUGCAGCCUACUAUUACUGGAAGCUGUCCAUGCAGUGUUUGGACAUCGCCAGAGAAAAGGAAGAUCAGAGGAAGGAAAUGCUGCAGAAGUUUGAGUCUUUUCAGCAUCUUGCUGAGCUAUAUUAUGUCUACCGCUCCAUUCAGCUCUACACGGAUGAACCAUUCAGUUCCCACAUGCCAGAGACGCUCUUCAACAUAUGCAGGUUCCUAUUGAACAACCUCACCAAGGACGUACCGCCAGGAAUUUCUAAAGUCAACACCUUGUUUGCACUGGCCAAGCAGAGUCGCAAACUGGGAGCGUAUAAGUUAGCCCGGUAUGCCUACGAGAAGCUCCAGGAGCUGCACCUUCCUUCACGUUUCAGGGAGUCCGUAGAGCUGGGCAGCCUCACCAUUCACUUCAAGCCCUUCCAAGACAGUAAGGAGCUGAUUGAGGACAUGAUGUGCUAUCGGUGCUCCACAAACAACCCCCUUCUUCAGAGCAGCGUGUGCAUCAACUGCAGGCAGCCCUUCAUCUACUCCGCUUCAUCAUAUGAGGUGCUGCCUCUGGUGCAGUUUUACCUGGAGGAGGGUAUCAGUGACGAGGAGGCGCUGUCCCUCAUAGACCUGGAAGUUCCUCACACAGAUGAGGGCCAUGCACAAGGCCACACCACAGACAGAGGUGACAUGCAGUCUAUGAGAAUAGAUGACGGUUUGGAUUAUACAGAGGAGGAUCCAUUUACAGCCACAAUGAGCUUUGAGCAAGGGGGCUCCACCUUUGUCCCCGUCAAGGUGAGCCGCUCGGCGCUGCGCUCCAUGAGCAGAAGGGACGUCCUGAUCAAACGCUGGCCCAAGCCCCUCAAAUGGGAAUACUUCCGUUCCCUGCUGCCGGAUGUGAGCAUCACCAUGUGCCCCAGCUGCUUCAAGAUGUUUCACAGUGAAGACUAUGAGCUCCUGGUGCUGCAGCACACCCGCUGCCCUUACUGUCGGCGGCCAAUUGACGGGCACAAUGGAUCGACCCUCCAACAGAGCCGAUUCAGUGAAUUUCCCUCAUUGUCGUAGUUCUUUUUAUACAACUUCUAUCUGCUGGGUCUUAAAAGGUCCUUUGUUUAAAUUAUCUACUUUUGGGGACUUAAAUAUGUCCUUAACAACUGCAGGAUUUCAGUUAUUGUAGCUUUGUCUAAUUUUUGUACAUUUGUUUUCAUGAAUUUGCUUUUUCCAUGUAUCCUUUUACCCAAGUCUUUGGCUGAUGUAGCAAAACUACAAGGCCCAUAAUGCAUAGCAGCUAACCGCCCCGUUGGUAGGGUUUUAUGGUUAGCCAUUCAACCGUCCCUUUAAACAAAACUUUAAAUAUUUGUGCAUUUUCCAAGUUUUUUAUAAACUCUAAUAAAGUGCUUUCUUUCACAUGAC